UUAUCAAGAGAUUUUAUGGGACAGGGUAGUAGUUAAAUUAAUGGUUUAAUUAACUGAAUUGGGAAACCUGCCUGCAGUAAUAAUAAUAUAAAAUAUAGUUCAUUUUGCCGACUAGCUAAGUUAAAUACAAAGGAAAUCAUCAUUGUAUAUGUAUAUACAGCUGUAAGCUGGUGAAUAUUUUAUGGAUUUCAAAAUAAUUUAAAGAUUGAUUAAAAGAUAAGUGAAGUCCGGUAAAAAAAAUAUUUUCAUCAGAAUUUGAACUUAAAUUCUUGUGAGCGAUUUAUUUUUUAGUGAAACUCGUUAACCAGUUGAAUAAAACUUGGCUCUAGUAAAUUUUUCUUAGUUAUACCAUGCAAUGCAGCAGCAAUAAAAUGCUGGCAAAGACACCAAAAAAAUUUCUUCUACAAUAUAAUUCAAUUUUUUCACUUCUUUUCCAUCAGGAUUUUCAAAAUUCAUACAUUAAAUCCAAACCUUAAGGCUACAAUUUUGCAGGCUUCUGUCUCUUUCAAUAUGCAAUAGUUUUUUUAGCUGAUUUUUCCUCCUUAUUUUGAUUACAAUACAACUUCUUUCCUUGUAGUUGCAGCCUCGACAAAACCAAAGACUAAAAAAACAUCAUUUGCCACUUUGGCAUAGAUAUAUAGUGACAAAUAACAAUGAAACAAUUCACCAACUUUAUUAUUAAGGUUGUUUUUUUUCCUCUUAAUUCAUCAACUCUAGUCUUUUCCACAAGAGAGAAAAAGAAAACUAACAAGCAUGAAGAGGAGGUUCAAGAAAGUUUAUACUUCUCUAAAAGAGCAAAGUUAUAUAAGUUAUGCGAAAAUUGCUUCAGCUGCAGGGUUUUCUGAUAUGAAUCUGAUCAUCAUAAAAGCAACAUCACCUGAUGAUUUACCAGUUCAUGAAAAAUACAUACAACAUCUCUUGAAACUCUUCUCAAUAUCUCCAUCUUCGUGUCACUCUUUCGCCAUCAGCUUCACUCGUCGAUUCGGCACUACUAAUAGUUGGAGGGUAGCACUCAAGUCUCUGAUCCUUCUCCACCGGUUGCUUCGUUCUGUUCAAGGAAACUCUACCUUAUGGAAUGAACUCUUAUGGACUCGUUCCAAUGGUUUGAUCUCUCUUUACCCUUGUCAUUUCAAGGACUCUACUUCUUCUUCAUCAACAUGUUCCAUUUCCUACACAAGAUUUGUGACUUCCUAUGCACAACUAAUUGAUGAAGCACUCAACUGUGUUGCCUUGGAUUGCAAGAAAUUCAAAAACCAACAACACCCAGAAGAAAAAGAUGAAACUUUUCAAGAAAAAAUGAAAGAAAUGGGUGAGAUACUUGAAAUCUUGCCACAACUUCAGAGCAUCAUUGAUAGGGUGAUAGAUUGUUACCCUAUUGGAGUUGCAACAAGAAGUUUCAUUGUCCAGUCUGCAAUGAAACACAUAAUUCGUGACAGUUUCGUUUGCUACACCAAGUUCAGAUGUGAAAUAGUAAUUGUUUUGGAGAAUCUUUUUGAGAUGUCUUAUAGGAACUGCAUAGCUGCUUUUAAUAUAUACAAGAAAGCAGCAGUACAAACAAAUAAGCUUUGUGAGUUCUAUGAAUGGUGUAAAGCAAAAGGGUUGUGUGGUUACUAUGAAUACCCUUUGUUAGAACCAAUACCACAUAUACAAAUCAAAGCAUUGGGAAGUUAUUUGAGUGGCAUGUGGCAGUUGACAGAGUCUUCAUCAUCAUCUUGGUCUGAUCAAGAAUCUAGUUCAGUUUUCACUGAAGAAGAUGGAAGACAACAACAACACUUGAAAGGUAAUGAAGAGGAGAAGCCUUUGAUUGAUCUUGAAGGGGAAUACAAUGUUGAUGUCAGUUGGGAGACAGUGUUGGAAACUUCUAUUAGUUUUUGUCAUGCUUAUGAUCAGAGUGAUUUGUUAAGCUCUAAUGGCUAUCAUAAUGAACAUAGCUUUGAUGGCAUGUGGGAAAUUCCAACGUAUAACACUGCUUCUUAUAAUCCUUUCUCUCAGCAAAACUAUGAGUCCAGUUACUAUGGGAGAAUUUGCUCAUAACUCUUUGUAUCCUUGGGGUCUAUAAUGGAUUUCACCUAGUUCCACCUACUGGAUUUGUAUUAUUUCUCUCUUUUUCUUCUUCUUUCAUUAUUAUAUAUUUGUUGUUUUAGGAAUAAGACUAGAGUUGCUGUUGAGUUGUUAAGGCAUCAUCAUGCAUUCAAUUUUAAGUGUAGAAUGGAACUACAUAAGAAGAAAUUAGAAUUAGAAGCGUCUUAGCACA